UGAGGAAAAGAGUGUUUAUUACGCUUGAAAUCUGGAUAUUUAUCUUACAAAAAUGCAUGGAUUCAUUACAGGGGGCCUUUAUUCACCCGUUUUAUUACAUUUAUCACAUUACUUCAAGUCUUCUGAACUGUUGACAUCAAACACCUUGCUUAACACACUGAAAGGAUUGGAAGAGCAAGGACAAUUUUUAAUAUAACUUUGAUAUGAUUAUUCUGAAAGAGGAAAGUCACAUACACCUAGGAUGCUUCGAGGGUGCAUGUGCUGACUUGUGUGAGUUCUGAAAUCUGGAAAUCUGAAAUCCAGAGGAGCUUGUUCAUUCAGUCCUGCACAGGAAUGAUGAACCGCACGGGGAUUUUCUUCAUUUUCUUGGCUUUUUCAGUGCAACUUAAAGCGACUUUACAAGGGCACAUCUGUGUGUCAGAUUACUACUCUACCAUCAGCUGCUCUUUAAAACUACCAGUCACAUCCACUAGAAACAUAUCAUACCGACUGGAAGCUCACUCAAAAGAAAAGAAGUACGACUGCCAACUGCAGAGAGUACGUGAAGAUCACAUCUGCAGUUUAACAGUAUCAGAAUUCAGGAGUUUUGAUGAAUAUAAACUUUAUUAUUUGGAAAAUGGAACUGAGAAUUCAACUCUGUUGGAUGCAUCUUUUAAACCAGUAAAAAAUAUUAAACCAAAGGCUCCGUUUAAUCUGACGUUACAAUAUGCAAAUGGAAUGUAUAAUUUCUCCUGGAAGAGCGGAUAUGAAAAUCAUGUUUACCGAAUGGCUCUACCCAUCAUACACCAAUUCAUGUACUACAAAGAUGGGAAUCUUACAAGUGCGGUCAGUGUUCAAGCAGGCAAAGAUAUUCAGAUUGGUGAAAUUAACUUUGAUCCGGGCACUACAUACAUUGUGAUGGUGAAGACUAUGAUAGAGAAUGGAAGUGUCUACAGGGGAAUGUGGAGUGACUGGAGCAGUGCAGUGAAAUGGAAAACAGCACACAAAGAUGAGCCCAGUCAAGUCAGCAAGAUUGCCAUUGGAAUGUUAUCAGUGGUUGGACUUUUAAUUCUGCUUAUGGCGAUUCCUGCUACAAGAUUUAAGAUGAAAGAAAUUUCAUGGGUGCCGACACCAGCAACGUACUUCCAGCCACUUUAUCAAAAUCACCAUGGCAAUUUUCAGUGUUGGGUUUUGGCAAAAAGUCCUUUACAAGAUUUUCAAGUUAUGGAAGACUUUUCAAAAAUCGACAAGAUUUCCGAGGCCAUAACCACACUACAGGAUCAGGUUGAGAAAAUGGGCAUGUAUCCCACAGCACAGUGCCCCACACCUUAUGUGGGCCCCACAACUGAGGUCUGGGCCCCGUGCCAAAUGACUGAUACGCACAGCGAGACAAGCAUCUCGUGUGAGGAUUUUUCUUUGUUCUGCGAAGAGUUGCCUGAGAAAGUGGGCAACCUCAUCCAGUCUCUGAACGUGACUUGUCUGAGUGGGGAUGUUCUGUCUCUGAAGAACUCGGCUCUUAGUCUCGAGUGUCUCGAGGACUGCGAGGCUUCCGAAGCACCGGUUGUCAUUAACCCAGUGCCUGUGUGUUUCAAACAAGACUAUUGCACACUCACCAACACUCCCAAAGGACCUGUUCCCACCUUCAACAGAUAUUUAGAGUAGGAUGAAAACAGUUCCAAUGAUUAAACGCAGGAAAGCAUUACACAAAGAAAAUCUACAGAUAUGUGGACAUCCUCAAUUGAUAUCUAAGACUGAUCAUUAAAAAAAAAAAAAUAAUAAUAAUAAUAAUCUAGCCAUUCUUAUUCCUCAGUAAAAACAAGUUGUCCGGUGGUAAAGUAGCUCUGAUAUACCUUCUAUACUAUGGCUUACAUUCCAAGCGAGGUUUGAGUUUUUGUGUGCAGUGAUUAAACGUUUGCAUUUUUUCUUUCAUUCAUUAAAUGAUAUUAGUGUUGAAUAUAUUUCCAUUUGUGAUAUUUGUAGUGAGAAGAUUUAAACUGACUGCAAUUUCAAGAUAGACAUUUUGCUGUUCACAAGUACUGUAUUUACACCAAGAUAAAUAAAGGAGUUUUCUGCUAUCUUGAAUAGGGUGGAUCUUAUAUACUGCUUACAAGUAUUGGGCACAAUAGUCAUCAGGUCACUUUUUUCCCAUGUUAACAGUAACCUGAUACAUUCCUGAAUCUUGUAAUUGCAGUGAGGAGAUGUGGAACAGACUUACUAGGAUUUUUUAUAAACAAAAUUAUUGUCUGCAGAGAGUGAAAUAUGUUGUGGGAGGCCACCUUCGUGAUUGGUUGGAUAUCUGCCUGUUGCUGAAUGUAUGGAGCCAAUGGCCAAUAUAUUGUUUUGAUCCAUUCUCUUAACACUUGGCCGAAACCAAAGCAUUAUCUGAUAUUAUAAUGUUGUGAUAUUGUGACUUGCAUGCAUAUGGUACUUAAUUUGAACUGAGCAGAAAAAAAUUGAUGUGCGAAUUUGACUUAUGCACAU